GGGGUAGUGGCAGCGGGACAGAGCUGUGAUUCAAAACCAGGUCCAUGUUGGAAUAAGGACAGGAAGGGAGCUGAGAGAGGGUCCAGAGCCACUGAUAGUCAGAAAGAGUCAUAGCAGAGGUCCAGUGGUCUCCUGUGGGUUUCUACCCGCUAAGAGUUAGGGACCAGGCUCCUCUGGGGGCACAUAACUGUUCAGUGGGAGGGAAAGGAGAAGCUGAGCUGAGGUCUAUCCCCAACACCACCACCAAUGAGCUGCAUGGCUUCCCUGAGCUUCAGUUUCCUCUUCUGUGAAAUGGGACUAAUUCUACCUUCCUGAUAUCAGGGUUAGUAGUGUUGCUUGUAAAAGAUCAUUUCUCUCCUCCCACACCUUCCACCAGCUCCUGCCGGCCAGAAGAGGAUGAGGCAGCUUGCCCAACCCCCUGGGAGGUGGACCCAAGCAGGGCGGGACAAGGCUCUCAGGAGCACUUGAUUAAGGGCAGAAAAGCAGAAGUGACAGGGUUUCCCAAGUCCUGGAGGACGCAAUUCCCCCCACUUCCCCUCCACCUGCCAUCGCUGCCUGAGUCCGCCUGCCCACAUCUGCUGCUGUUCAGGAAGCAUGAGGCCCCCCGGGGGAACACUUGAACACCUCGUCAGGACCGGGUGGAGAUACUGGUACCUGGGGCUCCGCAAGGCCGUUGCCCUGCUGCAGGCCACCUGGAUUACCUACUCCCAGCCUGUCCCAGCCAGCUGUGGCCAGCUGCUGACCCAGGUCCUCCUGUGUGGUUCCCUGGCCCUUGCUGCCACGAGUCUGACCUACUGCUGGCUGGCGUCCUCGCUGCUUUAUCCUCUCGGGCCCUCGGCCGUGGUGGCCACUGUCUGUGGCCUCCUGGCCUUCCUGGGGCUGGUCCUGGUGCCCCCCGCCCGCUGCCUGUUUGCGCUCAGUGUGCCCACGCUGGGCACAGAGCAGGGCCGCCGGCUUCUCCUGUCCUGGAGCACCGCCACCCUGACCGUUGCUGUGGUGCCCAACAUCCUGGCCAACCUGCGUGCCACUGGGCAGGUGCUGAGGUGCGUCACGGAGGGCUCCUUGGAGAGUCUGCUCAACACCACCCACUGGCUGCAGACAGCAUCCCAGGCCCUGAGCCCUGACGGCCAGGUGGGCAGCCAAGGCCUGACGCUCCAGGCCCAGGGCGACAGCGCUGCCGCCUUCCGGCUCCACAUGCUCAGGGUCACCCAGCAGGUCCUGGAGGACUUCUCCGGCCUGGAGUCCUCGGCCCGGAUGGUAGCACUGGGGACCCAGAGGGUGGUCACUGGGCUCUUUAUGCUGGGCCUCCUGCUGGACUCGGCCUGGUACCUCCACCGCUACCUGACCGACCUGCGGUUUGAUAACAUCUAUGCUACCCGGCAGCUGACUCAGCGGCUGGCAGAGGUCGGAGCCACCCACCUGACGGCCUCCCCUCCAGCCUGGCUGCUCUGGGCAGCCCGGCCGAGGCUGUCCCAGGCGGAACUGCUGAGUUGUCUGGUGAGGCUAGGGCUGUUCACCCUGCUCCUGAUGGCCAUGGCGGUGACGGUGGCCAUGGACUACGUGGCCUUCCUCCUGGCGCAGGCAGCUGUGGACUGGGCUCGGGAGCUGCCUGCUGUGCCCGUCACGCUAACCAUCAAGUACAAUGCUGCGUACACCAUCCUGGGCUUCCUUCCCUUCCUCUUCAACCGGCCACCUCUGGAGAACCCCUACCUCUCUGCCCACAACUCCUUCCAGUGGGAGCUGCGCUUCACUGCCCCAGGCUGCCCGCUGCUGCCCGCCCGGCACCCGCACACGGCCGCGCCCCUGGCUGCAGGCGCCCUGCAGCUCGCGGCUUGCUCCACGGUCCUCCUGGAGACCUACGCCCGCCGCUUGCGGCACAGCAUCGCUGCCUCCUUCUUCAGGACCCAGGAGGCCAAGAGGGUCCGCCACCUUCAUGCCCGCCUCCAGCGAAGAUAUGACAGGCACCGAGGCCAGCCGGAGCAGCCGCAAGACGCUUCCUCCUGCUCCUGACCCCCAGGCCGGGCAGCAAGCGCCCAGCACAGGUAGACAGACCUGCUGGACACCUGGAAGGACAUGGAGCAGUGAGACUGAGGGGAAGGAGCUUUGGCAUCACCCAGACCUGAGUUGUAACCUUGGUCCCUCUGCUGCCUCCCUGCGUAGCCUUGGGUAGAUUGCUCCCCUCGCUGAGCCUUGGUUUCUGUAACUGAAUAAGGACUGCAUAGCAACAAUUAAUGUGACCUGCUUUGCACAUGGAAACGUAGCAAGGAUGGAAUGAGACGGUGGGCAGCAAAGGCCUGGAUAAACAGAAAAGGAUAAUGCACAGUGCAGACAAGCUUCCUCUGGGCAAGUCAGGGGGCAUCUGUCCAGGUUGCCUGCUGCAUCGGCUGCUGUCCCCUGUAGUUGGAGACUUUGCACCCUGAUUAUGUCUGAAAUGCCCCUGGAACUUAUCUGUAUGUUCCUGAAUCCUCUGGGCUUAUUUAUAGUCAUUAAAAUUUU